AUGGAACAAUCCAAAAACACAGACAAUUCCACCAAAGCUCUGUACCCGUCGCCGAAAACAAUCAUCUAUGACAACCACAAAUCGACGCUUCACUACGGACCCGACGACGACUCCGUUUACAACCAGAUGAUCCGGAAAGUGAAUGAGACUCUCAGUCGGAACCUUUCGAGUGGCCAUCCAUCAUUGGACAAGUUCCAACGAGUGGCAGUGGGCGCCAUUCGAUACCCGGCACCAGACGGAUCUUUUCCCGCGCAUAUAGAUCAUUGCUGCAGCUGGGUUUACUUGUUGAGUCUUGGGUGCUCGGCAAAUUUCAUCGUGAAAGGACCGGAAAUGACAGACAAACACGUCUUUGAGUUCCACAGUGGCGAUGUCUUUUGCUUCGAUGCUUCCACGCAAGCCGCGAUCCUUCAUGGCGUCCAGAACAUCCGCAUCGGAUCCUGUCCUGAAGAAUUGGCCCAGGCGUUUGAAACGUUGCGACAUCAUCGAUUUGGAGUGCAAUGUAGGGUCAAGGAAUAUGAUGACAGGAAUGCUGAGACAGCUACUGGUACCAACCAGAAUGCUUGA